CAUGGAAUCACACUGCUAAACCAAAACCAAGGCUUCAGCUCCGACGACCGACACGUCGCCGGCGGCAUCUCGGACCCCUGAGCCGGCCGCCGCGUCCCGGAGCAGUGCUGCUGAAUCGGUCAAGUCCACCCCGCGUCGGGCGGCGUCCCACUCCCACCUAACCUCGGAUCAGCCCGCGGGAGGCGCCAUGAGGCAGACCUUCUGCUUCGGGGGCAGCCGCGUGGCGAGGAGGAUGUCGGAGCGGGCGCCCAUGGCCGACGGGUGCGUGUUCUGCGACAUCGCCCGCCGCGCCCCCACCUCCACCACUGCCCUUCUCUAUUCCGAUGACAGGGUCGUCGCGUUCCGGGACAUCAACCCGUCGGCGUUCAGGCACUUUCUUGUCAUACCCAAGGAUCAUAUACCAACUGUAAAUAGCCUCCGCCGAACCAAAGAUGAUCACCAGUUAGUCAGCCACAUGGUGAAGGUGGGGAAAGACUUGCUCAAUCAAGAUGCUCCCAAUUCUGAGGAACACAGGUUUGGGUUUCAUCAGCCACCAUUUAAUAGUGUUGAUCACCUUCAUCUUCAUUGCCUGGCACUGCCAUUUAUGCCCAGUUGGAGGCAAGUAAAAUAUACCCCUCUGGGACCUUUAGGGGGUUUUAUUGAAGCUGAAAAGCUAUUGGAAAGAAUAAAACCAGAAGCAGAAGUGUACAGUUAGCAUCCAUACUUUAACUCCUGCUUAUUUUGACUACUUUGUACCUCUUCUUUCUUAUUCAUAUACUAUAGCACAUGAUGUGUUCGUUUACACUAUUUCCUUCGUUUCUAAUCCUGUAUUCUCAUUUGUAUGUGCUGUGUAUUGUGGCCAUUGUUUGAACUUCUGGAAACUCAAAAGACUAGAUCUGGUAUUGUAGAACUGAAUGAUCCUAACCACUCUAUAGGUUUAACCGAGCUUUCAUUUUGUGGUUAUGUGUUGAAAUUUGAAUAAGUUGCCGAUCAACACAAUAAUAUGCAUGGGAAGUUACUCGCAAUUUUAUUCAUAACCUAUCCCUUGUGCUUUGAGAAUGUAAGUUUCAGUCAAACAGAUACUAGUAAGUAAGCCAUAUGAAUAUGUGGGAAAAACAGUUCCUUGGUAGAACUUACUUGUUAAGUCAGGAAGUUAGGUAUCGGGAUGAACAAUGUGAUAAAAAAAACUCGAAACAGACCUGCUAUGAGCAUGCGACUGCAAUGGUGUUCACUGAAGGUCUCAUUGGUGAGCUUGCAUCAGGCCGGUAUACUUGCGAUUGCAUCAGAGGCUGGUAUAGGGAGUUUCCUUUUAGGCCUGACAGCCUCUUGCAUAACAAACAGGGAAGACUUACCUUUGGAUUUGGCUCUUGGCAUGGUUCAGAGUCAUCACGGUUAGGCAGGUUGCUACUAUCAUAUGUUUGCUUCCAGUUAGCUUUCAUUGUUAUCAUAUGAUUGUUCCCAGUUACCUAUCACUGUUUCAUUUAAUCUUGGACCUCUUAAAGAAAUGCAGCUUCUGCCUUCUGGGACUUUGGUCCCCAGCUGGAUGCAUUAUUGGAAGUGCCACAGCAUAGAGACCUUCUGGUGAUGGGCACGUAAACCUGCACUCCUGCAACAAUGCUUGGGAACACCAGUAGUUGUUUGCUCCCUUUUAACAUCGCUUUUUAUUGCAUAAUUGCCAUCUUCCCUCUGUUGAUGCUCCAGUGUCUGCGGCUACCUGCUACAGGUCUGUUGCCUGGCUGCCCGUUGUGUUGUUGUUGCAUGAAUGCCGUAUGAUUACUACUGCUUAUGAUAAUGUCUACUA